AUCAUUCGAAUUUUGUAACCAAAAAGAUAUUAUAAUUUGAAAAGGGAAAGAAAAACUUCAUUUGUAAGUGUUAUUCAGGAGAAACGUGAAGCAAUCAUCCACCAAAUCCGGUUUUUCACAUAUUUUUCCCAAAGAAAAACAGAGCUACCACUUUUCACUUUCCCUUCUUUUCAUAUGAAUUUGGCCCACAAAAGAUGUCAAAGCAAGCAAUGAUUCCAUACAAUUUCCCUGAUGAAAUCUUAAUGGAAAUCUUCCAUAAACUGCCCAUCAAGUCCCUGGGGGAGUGCAUGUGUGUUUCUAAAGCCUGGAACUUUCUCAUCAAAAGCCCUUCUUUUGUUUCCGCCCAUGUCAACAUCCUGUCAACAAACAACACAAACGACAACAACAACAAGAAGCUUUUCCUUGUCAUGACUAGCUUCCAUGGAAGAGAAACCAAAUUGGAAUACUCUUUGCACUUUGAUGACCAAUACUUCAGUAAGUACACUCAGUUACAAGACAUCCCAUUUGAUACCCAUCAUUAUAUAGUUGGUUCCUGCAAUGGGUUAGUUUGUUUAGUGGACUUUCAGUUUAGUUUUCAUAGCAAAUUCAUUUUAUGCAAUCCAACUAUAAGAAAGUAUAUUAGACUGCCAAAACCAUGUUUUCGGAAUUUGCCAUAUAAAGUUUCUAUUGGGUUUGGAUUUGAUUCAAUAAGGAAUGAUUAUAAGCUUUUGAAAAUUAGCAAAAAAGAUGUGCUGGAGGAGAAUGUUGAGGUUGAGCUUUACUCCCUCAAAAGAAAUUCUUGGGAAAUAUUAGCUCCGCCUAAAUAUGAUCUUUAUUCAGAUGAUUUCAUGGUUUUUGUCAAUGGAGUUGUUCAUUGGAUUGCUUGUGAGAGAGUGAAUAAUCAUGGGCGUAGUAGGUUUAAGUUUUUGCUUUUGGGGUUUGAUUUGGGCUAUGAGGUUUUUAAAGAAGUUAUGCUGCCUGAUAGUUUGAGUAAUUUACAUGAACGGUCAGAGAUGUAUGUCAUGCCAUAUGGUGAAUUGUCAUCAAUUGCAGUGAUUGAAUUGGCGUUAUAUGAGAAGUGCAAUAUAUGGGUGAUGAAAGAGUAUGGCAUGGUAGAGACAUGGACUAACAUGUUCAGUUUUAGAAUAAUAGGAAAUGGACCGAUGCCAAGAAUUUUAGGGUUUAAGAAAAAUGGGGACUUGAUCUUGAUGGGUUAUAACGAUCUGCAGGUGGUUUCAAAUGAACUGCAGGUGGUUUCAACUGAACCGGAGAGCGGUGAAAUAAAUGGUUUUGGAAUUUGGGGAAUGUAUGCUUGUGUUUUUAGUUACAUGGAGAGCCUAGUAUUACUCGACCAUGUAAUAGAUGCUAGAGGUGAGAAUGAUGCAAAUAAUGCAAGUAAUUCAAUUGAGGGAGCAGCUGGUGAUUUGUCUGAUGCUGAAGAUGAAGCAACUGGUGAUUCAAGUGAUGGUGAAGAUUUUAUAAGCUAUGCAUAAGUAUGGGAGAAAGAUGACAGCCUAAAAAAGGAGUCAUUUCCCUCCAUCAGCCCAUUCCUGUUCUUAUAUGGUGAAUGGAUGCAUUGGAAUUCCAUUGGCAAGGCUUGUUUACCAGGGGUAAGGGCUCCAAACUACAUUCU